AUGAAGGAGAAAGCUGAGUCGGACACGAAGGCCCCCUUCGUCGGGGAUGAAGCGGUGCCGGCCUACGUCCAAGAAGAGCCCGAGUCCAUCCAUGGCGAAACCGAGGAGCUCGACUUCCGGACGCGCAAUGGCCUGAAUCUGGAAUCUUUCAAGAGACGGUCUCUAGGGGAGGUCCAACAGCACCGGAGACUGAAGCCUCGCCAUAUGCACAUGAUUGCCAUUGGCGGGUCGAUUGGUGCUGGGUUCUUCGUUAGCUCGGGCAGUGCACUGAGUACUGGUGGACCGGCUUCCAUGCUUAUUGAUUUCUUGAUUAUCGGUGUUAUGAUGUUCAACGUCGUGUAUGCACUCGGUGAAUUGGCAGUCAUGUAUCCCGUAUCUGGUGGUUUCUACACCUACUCGGUCCGGUUUAUCGAUCCGUCGUGGGGCUUCGCAAUGGGAUGGAACUACGUCUUCCAAUGGGCCAUCGUCGUCCCACUGGAACUUACAGUGGCCGGACUCACAAUAAACUACUGGCAAGUGGACGUGAACGUGGGCGUGUGGAUCACCGUAUUCCUCAUCGCAAUUAUAAUCGUGAACAUCUUCGGGUCGCUGGGCUACGCGGAAGAAGAGUUCUGGUCCUCCAUCCUGAAACUCGGCGCCAUCGUUGUCUUCAUGAUCAUUGCCGUGAUCCUCGCCUGCGGCGGUGGUCCGGCCAAGGGUGCCUACUCCGAGUAUUGGGGUGCAGGCACCUGGUAUAACCCCGGUGCCUUCCAGUCUGGAUUCCGCGGCUUCUGCGCCGUCUUCGUGACGGCUGCUUUCUCGUUCAGCGGAACCGAGCUGGUUGGUCUGGCAGCUGCCGAGGCCGAAAACCCCGCCAAGGCGCUCCCAGGAGCCAUCAAGCAGGUCUUCUGGCGAAUCACCCUGUUCUACAUCGUCGGCCUCAGUUUAGUCGGCCUUCUAGUCCGCUCCGACGACCCCCGUCUCCUCGGCUCUGGCUCCCUCAUCGACGUAACAGCCUCGCCCUUCGUCCUAGUCGCCAAAGACGCCGGCCUGAUCGGCUACGACAGCUUCAUGAACGUCAUCAUCCUCGUCUCCGUGCUCUCGAUCGGUGUCUCCGGCGUCUACGGCGGCUCGCGUACCCUGACCGCUCUCGCCGAGCAGGGCUUCGCCCCUCGCAUCUUCACCUACGUUGACCGCUCCGGCCGGCCCCUCGCAUCCGUCAGCGCUCUCAUCGCCUUCGGUCUCCUGGGCUACAUCAACAUCGACGCGCAGGGUCCGGUCGUGUUCGCCUGGCUGCAGGCUCUGUCGGCCCUCGCUGCCCUGUUCACCUGGGGGUCGAUCUGUCUUGCGCAUAUCCGCUUCCGCAGUGCCUGGAAGCACCACGGACACACGCUCGACGAGAUUCCCUUCAAGGCUGUCUUUGGCGUGUGGGGAUCGUGGGUGGGAUUCAUCCUUGUUAUCCUUGUGUUGAUCGCACAGUUCUACGUCGCAAUCUGCCCCGUCGGCGGCGGCUUCAACGACGUCGAAGGCUUCUUCCAAGUCUACCUCGCCCUCCCCGUUGUGCUCUUCUUCUGGGCCUGCGGCUACCUCUGGAAGCGCGAGGGGUGGCUCAACGUCAGCCAGAUCGACGUCGACACGGGCCGUCGGCCGGUCAACUGGCCGGAGAUCAAUGCGGAGAGGGCUCGUGUGGCUGCUUUGCCUGCUUGGAAGAGGUUGUUGCAUGUAAUUUUUUAG